ACGGAUAACUUUUACUGAAAAAUAUCAGUGGCACAGAAUGACGGAACAGACAAAACUAAAAUAUGAUGCUUUGGAAAGUGCUUCAAGUAGGAUACAGUAUCACCAGUGGAAAGAUCGAGAAUUUAGCGAUUUAUUAUUUAAGUUGAAGUUUGACCCAAAUCAGCCAGACAAGGUAACUAUUUCUGGAUUAGCGGCUGAAGAUUACCCUUCUCUGAGAGAUAUUGACGUUAAUGAAUUUGCUGUGCAACGGAUACGGCCUUUCCCACAGCAGCUAACGGAUCAGUUAAACAAUGCCCAGUGCAUUUAUACAGUCGGUCUUUUGCCAGAAAUAGGGAGAGCGUAUAUGACAAUAGAUGCAGAAUUAUUUGUUUGGAAUUUUGAAGACAGCUGUGACUUGGCUUAUUUUGACAGUAUACCGAAUACUAUCACCAAAGUAGCAAUUGCCAGACCGAAACCAGGAGUUUUUCAGGAGCAUAUCCAUUACCUUCUAGUUGUAGCUACAUCUAAAGAGGUCCUUCUUCUGGCGACAAGUUUUACAAAUUCGAACAACGUUACCAUAGCUAACAGGGCUUUGCUAGACGUUCGUCACGCAGAAAUGUAUCUGCUUCCUGAAGCUCUUUUCAAGAUUCCUUUGGAGGGGAGCACUGUGUCUGACAUUGUCACUACAGAAAAUGGACGCAUUUUCUUUGCUGAAGAAGAAUGUCUUUACGAGUUAGAUUACCAGGAUAAAAGUUGGUUUCAACGGAAAUGUAAAAAGCUAAAUCGAUCAAAGGGUUUAAUCAACUAUUUAUUACCGUCUUUUUCCAUUCUGACUGGUAAAGAAGAAAAAAUAAUGCGAUUAUGUGUUGACGACACGAGACAUAUCUUAUACGUUUUAACGUUAAAUGGUUCUAUACAAGUUUUUGAUUUGGGUGAUAAGGGGACUACAAUCAGUAAAGUUGCUUCUUUAACCCAUGGCCAGAUACAGGAACGAGCUGCUGUAGAGUGUCGGACAGUGGAUGCGUCUUUCUUUUCAGACGUUAUUAGCAUCUCAGCUAUUCCGGCAACAAAGUCACAUUACUUGCAUCUGGUUGCGGUGACUAGAAAAGGAGUUCGGCUAUAUUUCACUUGUUUUGGACCAACUCCUCAAAGUGUUUUAACUGCGACACCUAAUGCUGUACCGUCUUGCUUGCCAAAUGUGGAUGGCAUGCGACCUUGUGAUCUGCGGUUGAGACAUGUUCGCAUACCUCCUGGCUUCGGUACAUUAAGCCAUUCGCUUCAUCCGUUUACUGUUUAUGAUGCGUUUUCAUUUCGAGGUGAUUAUGUUUCUUAUUUAGAAUUAGUUUUAAAUUUUUUCUCUGGUUUGGAACGGAGCUUUGACUUUCUUUUCUUAAGCAAAACGGACAUAAUGGCAGCUACGUUUGGUAGAGAAGAUGAAUCUGUGGUGUGGAUGUAUUCCUCUUCAAAUUUUGGCUUUCAAGAUUGCCUGACUGAGAACGUGGCUCAAUUUCCACUGGACAGCACUGUGUUAUGGGUAAAUGAACCGACUUCUACGGAAACUCGACCUCCGACGUCUGCAAACAAACUUUUGAAGGUCUUCCCACCUGUUGUGGUAACACAGUCCGACAUGCCUGAACAGAAACUUUUCAUACUUACUGGAAAGGGAAUUGCAAUAUCUGAACAACGGUUACCAAUUGAUAUACUCAGAGAGAUAUUGCGGCAGUAUGGUACCGAUUCUCCUCAAUUAUCAUUCUUUGUACAACUUCAUGGCUCUUUAAACGCUUCUGUCAUGUCUCUAACCAUUGUGUGCAGCAAUGAACCUUCCGACGUGUGUAUCAGGGAUUCUGCCCUUCGCAUGUUUUAUUCAUUAGGAGUGGAAUUAUCGAGUGGAGGUGACAGUAGAAAUGCUAUAUCAUUUCGUUCCCCUGUUUCUGGGUAUGCUCAUCAGUCCUUCCGCAAUGCUUCGAUAGCGGACCUUACAUUCCACAUGCGAUGUAACUUCCUUCAUUCUUCAACCCCUUUGCAAGCAUCAACUCCACAGCAAAUAAGAAAUGCAGUACGGUCCCCUCAAAUUCCCAGCACUUUCCAUACGCCUUUGUUACCGACUGAAGAUUCUUUGCAUUCUGCGCAAUCUAUGAGCUGUCGUCAUGAUGCUCUUUAUCUUUACUUUUCUCGUUUACUUGGCGACAUAUGGUCGACUCCUCUUUGUUAUAGAAACGACCACGAAGAGGUUUGCUUUCUUCAUCAUUAUGGCUUACAUGGUUUGCUAAUGAGUUCGGUUUCUCGGAAUAGUUUGGAUUUUUUGGUUUCACGACUGAUUCUGUAUAAAAAGGCUGUUGACGAGUAUGCUCUGCUUGGAAGUGCACGGGAAAUACAGCCUGUUAAUGAGCAGGGCGACAGACAACUUGAUGGAGCAAGAGGCACGAAUUUACAAGAGGAGCGUAAAUCACUAUUGAACUUUUACGAAUUAUUGUCGUUGACUGUUGAGAUUCUUUCAUUAUGGAGUAUAUUAAGUGACCAUCAGUUUCAUAUUAUAACAGCUCAGCUGUCUCAGAACAUCCAUAAUCAGCUAUGUGAGACGUCUUUUGCUACUUUGGUUGUUAAUGGAGCCCACUUGUGCGCCGAAUUGAUCACCUGUUUGAUCAGAUAUUAUUUGGGUGACAAUGCUACAACAGAUGUCAUUUGUGAGGAGUUGAGAAGGCGUUGUCCUACUCUUUUUUCAGAUGAUGAUGCCACUGCAGCAAAAGCCACAGAAAUGGUUGAAGAAGCUCGGCACAUGGAACCGUGUGCUGCACGGGAGCAUUUACUUUCCGAGGCCGUACGACUCUUGACAAUUGGUGUACAAAACAUAAAUUUACCGCUUAUAUGUACUUUAUUAUUUGAAGAUAACGUUAUUUCAGUUGACUGUCUGGAAGGAAUUGUGGAUUUAGCCUUGGCUAGAGCGGAACGCGACGACUCAAAGCUACUUGCCCUUAUAGCGUAUAGGAGCAGGUCUGGUGGAGAUGCUCUGGCACAGCAGGCAUAUGUUAAAAGAAAAGAGGAUUACAAGUGUAUUACCGAUGCGCUUGACCGGAUUGUUGGUGAAGAUAGCUCAAGAACUGAAUUAGGACGCCCUUCAGCAAUUACUCGGAGAGAUCUGAUCAUAAACGCUGUUUUAAAGUCAAAAGACGAACUGGCUAAUGUGGCUAUAUUUAAGUGGCUCUUAGAUAAUGACUUGAGCAAUAUCUUGCUCCAGAGUAAGUCGCCGUACUUAGAAACAUUCCUUCAUAGGAAGGUGGAAGAAGGAGCUUCUAAUCGUUACCUUGACCUUCUUUGGAGGUUUCAUGAGAAAAACGGCGAUUACUGGAAAGCCGCGAAAUUGUUAUUUGGGCUUGCACAAAGGGAAACUGAAGCCUUUGAUACUAGACGACGUGUAGCCUAUCUUUCUCAGGCAGCCAUGUGUGCGCAGUCUGCAGUUGGCUUUGAAAAACAGAUGAACCCAGAAGCCCAUGAGUUUUUGCAGGAUAUAAGAGACAAAUUAGACGUUGCUCAAGUCCAGUUAGCAGCAAAGGACGAGAUUUCUCGUCUGCCAAGGAAUUCAACAGUGAUCAAUGCGUUAGGGAGAUUGGAAAAACGCUUGUAUACAGUUCAAGAGUUAUUUGAAGAGUUUGCAAUUCCAUUUUGCCUUCCAAAUAUCCAGUUGGCAUUGUGUCAUUGUUCUGCAACAUACGAUAAGGAUGCGGUUGAAAGCCUUUGUGAACAGAUUGUUGACCAAGAGCUCUCGAGUAGUCAGAAUGAUUCCGCGGAAACUCGGGUACAACGGCUAGGAACUAAGCUUGCUUAUUAUUAUAAGCACUAUUCCUCUUCUCCAAAAUACUUCCCACUUGAGACAAUAUUAUGUGAUUUAUUGAACCGUGGCCUUCGUGAAGGAUUUCCGGUUUCAAUGUUAGACACACUUGGUGUUUUAACUCAUGCUCCACUUCCUAUGCUUCUUGACGUUCUCAACAUCUGCUUCAGGAAGGAUCCUUUUUGGAGAAAUAACGAACAAGCCUGCUCAUACAUUAUGCAGUCAGCGCUGAAAGUUUUAAAUCGGUUUGCGGCAAACAGGCAGUCUUUUCCAGUUGACCAGAGAAAAAGUUUGGUGAGCAAGUGUCUGGAUUUGAUAUCAACAUUUCUACUCCAUUUGUCAUCUCGUCAUUCCUCUACGGGUAGCAUUCGUGCACAAUUUUCCGACAGUUUCAAAACGCUGCAGAAUAUCUUUGAAAACAUUUAAUU